AUAUUAUGGCAGAAGCCGAUCAAGUUGAACUCGACUUGUGGCUAUAAAUAUGCCAAAAUUUGAGUCCUAGGGACACCAGGGCAAUUCAUUCAAAUUCACAGACAUAGUCACACACACACGGAGAUGGAUGUGACGCUGUCUAUAGAUGAACCGGAGAGUUGGGAGCAGAGAAGGCGGAGAUUGGAAGCGAUAAUGGGGUGCGACCCAGGCCAGCGACAGCACGAUCCCGCAGAAUCGGACAAGAUUAUGGAUCCCCGGCUAUUCUCGAUCGCAAAGGAAGGGGACAUUGAUAAGUUCAUCAAAGCCCUGGAGGAUCAUUGUGCCAAGGAAAGAGUGUCAUUGCCCGUCCUUCUCGGGCUACGCAGCCCCUCCAAGAAUACACUGCUUCACGCUGCGGCAGAGAGUGAUGAUAUUGUCAGAGCAGUCAUCGAGUUUGUCCCUCGGCACUUGAUCUCCUGUCAGAACUCCAGAGGAGAGACGCCGCUGCACAUUGCGGUCAGAGCCGGGAAAACCGGUGCGGUGGAGCUUCUACUUCCCCGGGGGAACCCAACAUGCACUGACCACAGCGGCAACUCCCCUCUGCACGAUGCCGUGAGGAAUCGCCGUUAUGACGUGAUCCAUCAGCUCCUGAGUGAAGACCCCAAUCCGCUGUAUCGUCACGAUAAGGGAAGCAAGUCCCCAUGGUGCCUAGCGGUCGAAACCGGGGACUUGGAGGUUCUCAGGAUCUUGUUGGAAGGGCCAAACGAGGACGAAGACCAGAGGAGAUCAGAGAGUGGAAGUGUCUUCGGCAUGUCGCCGGUUCAUUAUGUACCAGAAAAUGGAUAUGCUGACCAUGAUGUGGGCAAAGAAGCCGUGGCUAUUUGAAUUGAAAGAUGCAGGAGGCGGCACUCCCCUCCACUACGCAGCGUUCACGAAUUAUUUCGAUGGAGUCACGUUCUUGAAAGAGAAAUUGCC